CCCUCCCCCUCUCUAAUCACCCCAGGCAGCGAAGGGAUGCCGCUGCCCCCUCCCGCGGCCGGGCAGCCUGGUGAGGAGCCUGCACAGUGUGUCCGCUAUCUCUGGGCUCGGGGAGCACCUGGGGAGCCGGAUGGAAGUAUUUGGAAGUGAUCCUCAAGAUACCAGCUCAAAUCCCAAAUAUUUCUGAACAUCGUAUGUUGACAUUUGUGUCUCUAGAUUAUUGCUGGUAUGGCUCUUCCACCUCCAGACCCACAGUUUGUUCUACGGGGUACUAGUGCUGAAGUCCAUACUCUACAUUUUUAUUGUGGAGGCCAAGAACCCGAUUACCCCAUUCUCUUCUCUGGGUCUUCCAAUGGGCUGAUCCAUGUCUGGAACCUGAAGACACGCAGGGUCGAUACAAUUCUAGAUGGCCAUGGAGGAAAAUCUGUGUACUGGGUGGAAGCAAUCUAUGGCAGAGACAGGCUCCUCAGCCAGGGUCGUAACCAAAAGAUCUGCCUCUGGGAUUUGGCAGAAGGAAGGAACACAGUGACAGAUUCUGUUUUCACUGAGAACGUGGGAUUCUGCAAAUGUUCACUGCUGAAGGUGGCACAGGGACAUUGGCUAAUGGCCAUGCCAGGAAAAGACCUAGAUGAGGUUCAGGUUUUGGAGCUGCCAUCCAAGACAUCAGUCUGUACCUUGAAGCCAGAGGCGGAUGCCAAACCGGGCAUGCCCAUGAGUCUGAAGCUAUGGCAGCCUGACUUUGGUUCAUGUCCUUUUCUUCUGGCUGGCUACGAGGACGGAUCAGUGAUUCUGUGGAAUUUAUCAGGGGGAAAAAUAUUAAGCCGACUUGCUUGCCACCAGGAGCCAGUGAUGAGCCUUGACUUUGACUCUGAAAAGACGAAGGGGGUCUCGGGCUCAUCUGAGGAGGUGCUUACCGUCUGGAGCCUCGAUGAGCAGCAGAAUUUAAAGGUUCAGAAAACACACAAACUCGUCAAUGCUGGGAUUGCUGAUGUUGCCAUCCGCCAGGACAAGAAGAUCCUGGCAACAGCAGGGUGGGAUCAUCGUAUCAGGAUCUUUGGCUGGAAGAAACUGAAGCCCUUGGCAAUACUGGACUACCACACAGCAACUGUCCACUGUGUAUCCUUCUCAGAUCACAGUAGGCCAAGUGAAAGACUGCUGGCAGCUGGCUCAAAAGAUCACCGCAUUAGUAUCUGGUCAAUCUAUAAUCAAACCUCAGGUGCUUUGCACUGUCCUUUGGAAACUCGAAAGCCGGACUGAUAAACCAGAAAUUGUUGUGUGAUUAAAAUCUGGGGAUGGGGAAGUAUUAAACCAUCUGCAGUUUGAAUGCAAGUCCCCAGAAGAACCUAUUCACUAUAGAAAAUGUGUUGUUGUAGAAGGGAAAGCCAAUGCUAGGAAGAGAAGAAUGGAUGAUCAUGCAGUUAAGGCAAAGGCCUACCAGAGAUGAAUUCUGUUGCAUCCUCUGCCACAUGCUUCUUUUGGCAAAUUGUUUUGAUUCUUUGUACCAGUUUUCUCAUCUGUAAAAUGGAGAUAAGUGCUGUCACUCAGGCAUGGUGUGGUCUAGAGUACACUGGUUUCCAAAUCAUAUUGAGAUCCUUUAAUGUACGUAAGUGCAAAGAAUCAGUUUUAUGUGAACUUGAACCCAUUAAACCAUCCAUAGCAGUU